CGCGCGCUCAAGGUUUGCAUGCUGGCGCGCGUGGGUAAAACACUUGCAGUUCGCAUGUCAGCUGUGGCAAGAAACUUCAUUAAACCUCGACUAUGCCGUGAUAGUACUCGAAUUGUUUUCGUUUUUUGUCACACGUUUUUAAACAAGUGGUAUUUCCUCUAGGAUGUCCUAUUUGUAUUCUUCUUUCAGUAUGGUCUUAAACGCAAAAACAUGGAAUGUAUAUCUGUGUGGAAACUAACGUGGGGUUUAAAUCUCACGGCUGUUUUGCUUUCCAUCGUUCGGGAGUGCUGCCUACAGGAUACUGCAGCAAGUCUUUGAAAGGAUAUUUGCCCUUAAAAUAUACUUUACUAUUGAGUUUCUUUUUUCAGUCAGUUUUGGAGGACAGAAUACACAUUUUUACUACAGUUUUGGCAAGAUAAUACAUUGCUGAAAAUGGAGACUGUCAUUGAAAGAGAAUGCAGUGCGCUCGGAGGACUUUUUCAAACAGUGAUAGGCGACAUGAAGAGCAGUUACCCAGUGUGGGAUGACUUCAUCAGCAAGGCCGGGAAGCUACAAUCACAGCUCAGGACGACAGUUGUCGCGGUAGCCGCCUUCCUGGACGCUUUUCAGAAAGUGGCUGAUCUGGCAACCGGCAGCAGAGGUGGCACCAGAGACAUCGGUUCAGCCCUCACCAGGAUGUGUAUGAGGCACCGGAGCAUCGAGGCCAAGCUCAGGCAGUUCUCCAUGGUUUUCAUCGACUGCCUGAUUAACCCUCUGCAAGACCAGAUGGAGGAGUGGAAGAGAGUGGCCAACACGCUGGACAAGGACCACGCCAAAGAGUACAAGAAAGCCCGUCAGGAGAUCAAAAAGAAAUCCUCCGACACUCUCAAGCUGCAGAAGAAGGCUAAGAAAGCUGACGUGUUCGGCCGGGGGGACAUCCAGCCCCAGCUGGACAAUGCCAUGCAGGACAUCAGUGAUAAGUACCUGCUUCUGGAGGAGACAGAGAAGCAGGCGGUCAGGAAGGCCCUGGUGGAGGAGCGGAGCCGCUUCUGCACCUUAGUCUCCAUGCUGAGGCCCGUCGUGGAAGAGGAGAUGUCCAUGUUGGGGGAGAUCACUCACCUGCAGACCCUCACUGAUGAUCUGAAGGCUCUGACCAUGGACCCCCACAAGCUGCCUCCCGCCAGCGAGCAGGUCAUUCUGGACCUGAAGGGAUCUGAGAGCAGCUGGUCCUACCAGACCCCUCCUUCCUCCCCCAGCACCACAGCAUCCAGGAAGUCCAGCAUGUGCAGUAGUCUGAACAGCGUCAACAGCAGCGACUCUCGCUCCAGCGGCUCUCACUGCCACUCCCCCACCUCCCACUAUCGCUACCGGAGCUCCGCCCUCCCUCAGCAAGGCCCCGCCCGCCUUUCUAGUGUCUCUUCCCACGACUCCGGCUUCAUCUCCCAGGAUGCCUACCAGUCCAAGUCGCCCUCGCCCAUGCCCCCUGACACCCACCCACAGACCUCUACCUCUUCAUCCUCGGCCAUCUCUGAGACUUGCCAGCCUGUCAGUGAGGGCAGCUCCUCCUCGUCCUCCUCUUCCUCACCUGCCUCCUCUAAGGAGACCUGCUCCAGCACUAGGGUGGAACAGCUGUCAAACGGGUAUGAUCAUCAUCAUCAGGGGCCCUCCGCAGCCCCCUAUCUGUCUGGCGGGGGCAUGCAGGAGGUCUACCCCGACCUCCCUCCAUCCUCCCCCUCCACCCCCCUCGCCUCGCCCUCCUACUCUCCCACCUCCCCCGAGUGGGCAUGGUCGAGACCAGGUUCCACCCUCCUGGUGGACAACCCCCCCUAUUGCGCCCUGGGACCGGGCAUGAUCCCCUCUUCCAAGGUCCUCACCUGGAAGGACUGGGCCAAGCCAGGGCCCUACGACCAGCCCAUGGUGAACACCUUGAGGAGGACCAAGGAGAAGAGGCAGACUCCAGAUCCCAGCAGCCCCCAGGCCUCCACACCAGGGGAUGAGCCCCAGAGAGCCAAGGGCACCAAUGCAGUUAUACAGCGGGAGGAGGCGGAGGCCCAUGAGGAGCUGGCCCUGGCUCUGGCCCGCGGGUUGCAGCUGGAUAUCCAGCGCUCCAGCAGGGACUCCCUGCAGUGCUCCAGUGGCUACAGCACCCAGAACACCACGCCCUGCUGCUCUGAGGACACCAUCCCCUCACAAGUGUCCGACUACGACUACUUCUCCGUGGGUGGUGACCAGGAGACAGACCAGGCCGACUUCGACAAGUCCUCCACCAUCCCCCGCAACAGUGACAUCAGCCAGUCCUACCGCCGCAUGUUCCAUGCCAAGCGGCCGGCCUCCACAGCGGGCAUCCCCACCACGGCCCCCUCCCCCGCCAGCAUUGUCACCCCCGGGGUGGCCACCAUCCGCCGCACGCCCUCCUCCAAGCCCAACCUGCGCCGGCCCUCCGGAAGCUUGGGUCUGGGCCCCAUCCCUGUCAAGCCCCCCAUGAUCCCCGUCAAGACGCCCACUGUGCCCGAGCACCCCGGGGGUGUUCUUCAGGGGUGAGAGUGAGGGAGGGGGACCACUGAGCCCCCGCAGCCCACUCUCUUCAGCGGGUGACAACGGGUUGUUGGUGUCUCCCAAGGCAACUUGGGACACUCAGGCCCCCUCCGAUCCUCCCACUUCCCCACCUCAGUCUGGUAGUAGGCUGUCGGAGUGGGACCGCGAGGCCCUGCCAGAGGUUCAGGAGGAGGAGCCCGGGUGCGGCGAGGGGGAAGACGUGCUCUUGGCCAUACGGCGAGGGGUCAAGCUGAAGAAGACGGCAUCCAACGACCGGUCGGCGCCGCGAAUAGUGUGAGAUGCUUCGCUUAGUGUACAAUGUCCACUGCCCCUCAAUGUAGCAGAUUGAAUCACAUACAGUAUCUGUGUCUUCACCCAUAGGUUUAAGAAAAGGGUGGGAGUCUAGACACGGGAAAGUUGGGGAGGAGGGAAACGGAGCGACAACUGCUUUGACUAUUUUCAAAUGACGGAAAAUAUAUAAUCUUUUAUUUGUAUGUACAUAUUUAUAUUUUGAUGCGUUUGUAUGUUUUGUGAACAAUGCUCCUCUUCGUACUUUCACGUUUUACCCGUCCAUUGUCAUGAAAGGUGCCAAAAGACUUAGAGAUUAAUUAACUUAAAUGACUUUAUUUUACUGAAUAUGAUUCAUCUUCUCUGUGAAUCCACAGCAACAAAACAAAAAAAAGAUUGGAGGGAGAAAGAUAUAGAGGAUAAGACUGUGUGGAGAAGAGGGGUACAUAGGGAAAUAACCACAAUGGAGAGCAACAUUUUACUUUCCUGUAAUAGCCAGUGUUUUAUCAAUUUUUUUUAUUUUGCCAUUGAAAAAUAAAUCCAAUUGCAUGUUCUACCCCAAAUAAUUGCAACCCUAAUAAACUAGACCGCCAAAAGAUUCAGAGCGAGAAUAAAUACAACCCACUGUCAAUAGGAAGCUUCUUGGUCAGCAAAUAAGGACGCAAAGACUUGCCACACGAGCAAUUCUUAACAAUCGAAGGAGUGUUUGUCAACGGGUGUCACAUCAUUUGUCAAUAGUAAAAUAUGUUGCAAAGGGUUUCUACCUUGAAUGCAACUCUGGUGUCAGUGGAAGCACUCAUUGAUUGGUGGCUAUAGGAUAGGCUUAUUUACUUUCCUGUUUUUCUCUAGAAUUAGAACCCGAGAGUUUAUUACGCUUGAGACUGAUCAUUUAUUUCAAUGCAAGUGAUGCUGUGCUAAAGGGCAUACAGAGGAUUCAUACGCAAAUAAAACUGGAAAAUGUAACAAGUGCUUGUCCUGCUGUGAAAAUACUAGUAGACUCUGUGAAAGCUAGUGGUGAUCACUGGUAACUAGAAGUCAAUCAAACUAAGUGUUAGAAUAUUCAAAAGUGAAAGGUAACAUAGUGGAGUUUCUUAGCUUGUGUUAAGCACCGUGAACUGAAGACAGAAUUCACUAUUGCAACUACCUAAAGUAUUUCACAAAAUAACAUGGCCUAAUAUGUGUACAUAUUCUAAACUUUGUCAUAUCUUCCACUAUAAUUUUUCAUGAACGCCAUACCUUAGUUUGUGGUGUUGUAGACCAGCUUCACUGUCAAACACACAGCCCGUUAAAUGAGAUCGAGUAAUGCAUGUUUUUUGUUAUUUUUUUACUCAAACGUGUUAAAGCUCAUUUUUAUACUGAACCUAUUUAUCCCAAUACAUUUCCCCCAUUUGAGAGCAGUUUGACUUUCUGCAUAGUGACUGCAGCCGGAUUAUUUUUCCAUUCAAGACAGGUAAGGCAGGGGAAACUAAAGUGUGGCCGAUGCAACGACAUGCAUAUGAAGCUGAAAAUCCUGUAUGGCUCACAACUCAAUUAUUCUAUACAAAUGGUCUGAUAUUGUCCAUGUAAAAGUUAGCUGUAAUAUACUGUAGUAUUUUCUUUUGAAAGUUCAGCCGUUGGUGUAAAGAUACGUUGCUAAAUCUAAUGUAUGCUAAAUGGUUAGAAGUAAUCCAAGUUAAACUCACACCUUGCAAAUACGAGGUUUUGUCCCAAUAGUCUGCAAUAGUUUCCUUCUCUCAUUUCCUUUUCUUCGUGGUCAGAUUCAAGAGGACUUAGCCUACUUAUGUGACAGGUAAAAGUAAUAUGAUGUAAACAUAAUGUUAAUGUGUUCAUCUUCAAGUUCACGGACACGAGGGAAAAGAGGCAAGGAAAUGAAGGAGCAAUGGGACGCAGAUUGUGGUCUAGAUUGACACACACUAGUACUUUAGCCCUGUGAGUCAGUUGCUGAUGACCUAGAGACAUGUUUUGGACAGAGUUGACCUCUUUCUGUACCACUGACGUUGUCGAAGAUAAUUAUUGUUCAGUUCCGGAAUUCUGUCUCCUAUUUUCUAUGUAACAGUUGUUUCAGCUAAAAAUAAAGAUGUAGCAGAAUGUGCGUCUGUUGAAAAAUGUUC